AUGGGAAAGUCAUUGCACCUGAUUGUAAUAUUGCAGGCAGUAUCGUCCGCAUUCGCUUAUAGGUACGAUCAUCCUUGGUAUCGCACGGACACGGACCGUCCAGUUGACGUGAUCACCGAUGUCGUCAACGAGCUCGGGGUGAGGAUCCUUCAGCAAUAUUUGACGCGUGGAAACGUCGCUUUCUCGCCAACGGGGAUUGCCUUCGUACUAGCGGCGCUCUACGAAGGAUCCGCGGGUAGAGGAAGUCAACAAAUCGCCGAGGCCAUAGGCCUACCAACCAACCGGGAUGUUACCAGGAUCGGUUUCAGGGAUAUUCACCGACGAUUACGAAGUUACCUUAACGCCGAUGGUUUCCUGGGUGGUUUGACACUAAGCAGAGAAAAUACCAAACUUCGUCCUGACUAUGAAGACAUUCUGAGAUUUUAUGGCUUCGAUUUGUCGAGUAUUGAACAAGAGGUGAACGUUACCGUUAGUAUGGAAGACUCAUCAGGUAUAACUGAACUUCCGACAUCCACGAUCGGCUCAAGCAUGCCAUCAACAGAGAUGGCAAACACUGAGAAUGUGCCGGACAUGACAACGACAACAUCGGGUGCAAUCAUGACGCUUCCUCCGGCUGGUGCGGAAACAACAGUCGUUCCAUCGACCGCAGCGGGCGUUACUCAGCAAACUGUCACGAUGGCAUCGACGGGUGCAACCGAUGUACAAUCGACAUUGGCUUCGGUCACCAGCACCGGAACAAUUGUCCAGAAUAUAUCGCCAACGCAAUCGAUAAAUUCCUUGGUUACUUCCGGCGAAAGUAUCCAGCCGACUUCAUCCGCGGAAACUAUCGUAGGUUCGUCGAAUACGAUUACUCCAAUAGUAAACACAGACAGUCAAAUGAUUCCAACUACAAAUGUAGUCACCGUCGCGGGUAAUCAGGGUCAGCAAACUUCCCCAACAGUCAUCGCUGGCGAUAGUGCAACGAGUGCUAGCGUUUCUAACGAGAGCGUUCAACCAUCGACAGGCGCAGGAACGACAGCAACUGUGAUUGAUGCUGACGUGACGAUGAAUACUGAUGUUUCAACUUUUGCUACGAAUACCGAGAUACCAAUGAUAACAAAUAUGUUGAGUUCGAACUCGCCGACUACAAUCGUCACGGAUCCAAGUAUCGACGCAUUAGUAGUCGCCAGCUUAGUCGUUAACAUGACGUCUGCUAAUACAACUAUUCCCAAUGCAACCUUGAAUACCGUUAUUAUGAAUUCGUUAACUACUGUAGUACCAGUAAUGUUGAAUAGCGCGGACGUGACUAUCUCGAGUCCCGUUACUGAAACGAUGAUGGUGAACGGCGUUAAUUUGCAAUCGAGUACCGAAACAUCGGCAGAUACUCCGAUCGGAAAUACUCCAGGAAUGAUCGCUGCAAAUGACCUCACAAUGACGACUAUCAAUAUUGACGAUGCUAUCGCAGUCAGUUCUGUAACGACCGCGGUACCAUCUGUCUCAGCAACAAACGCGAACAAUCUUGCUGGAAAUAACUUUACAAUCGCGAAUUCUAUGAUGAGUUCUAUAAAUCAAAUGGUUGCAUCUCUUGUGGAUGAAAAUACGAUUUCGAAUCGAAAAAAGAAAGAUAUAAUUAAUCUGUUAGAUAGUAUAAUUAACAGCAAUACCGUUAAAGAUGAGUCACACGAUAGAUCGCCGAAUCUUCGCAAAGCGAGAAGCCUGCGCGGAUAUUUCUCUAGCUAUCCAGACGAAGGUAUUUGGAUGCAAAAUCUAGAAAUUUGGAAGUCGUAUAAUACAGCAAACCCUAGUGAAUCCUCCAACGGAGAUACUUCAGCGGAGAUGUCGUUUUUGGUGAACGGUUGCGACGUUUCUUCGGUAUCGGCUUCGAGAUACAUUGCCGUAUUGCCUUUCGCGUAUUUCCCAUCGUUGCAAGCUGUCGCGCUCGAAUUUCCUUUGGACGAUCCCCGCUACAACAUUAUACUUUUCAUGCCCACGGAUAAAACGGACACGCUUCGUCUGGCGAGGGAUCUUAGCGGAAAGUCAUUGAGAUUGUUGAGGAAGCGAUUACAGCCUACUUGGGUCAGGGCCACUAUACCUUCGUUCAUGCUGCGUGGUUUCGUCACAUUGACGUCAUUUUUGCAAAGGCUGGGCAUCCUGGAUGUGUUCGAGCCGAGAGUAGCCGAUUUAUCACCCAUGACAUCCGAUCUCGGUGUAUACGCUAGAGACGUGCAACAGAGUAUAGGGGUCAAUAUAAGGAAUUAUAUGAAACCCGACCGGACCCAUUCUCGUAAUGGUCUAUUUGAAAGAGCUGGGCCUGAACCCUUUACAGUUUUGCAUCCCUUCCUUUAUUUCAUCGUCGACACCGAGACUUCAGUAAGUUUAAUCGCCGGACGAGUAGACGAUCCACUUAAUUCGAGAAUAUUGUAG